GGGCACUCGCAGAGGGACACAUACCCGGAGCCCUACAAUGGGCACCUCCACACUUAGGUACACUACCGAUAUGGAUGCGCCCCCGAUUGGGCCAAUGGCAGCUGUCACUUGCCCAACACAUGCGCCGCGGGCAGCGAGACCCGAGACCCGGCCUCUGGAUAUAACACCCCCACAAGGCCCCUCGUAUGGCCUAUCAACAAUAUAAACAUGUCGUUCCUACAACUUGCCAUCAUUACCUUAGUCCUCGUUACACCCAUACCUGCACACUCCUGGGUAGGACUCACACCGGUUUAGAGGAUUCGCUAAGAAUGCGUAGAUCGAUAACCUGGCACUUGCCACAUCAUCGGCCGAAGUCGAAGGGAGCCCUGGUUAUGCCCGCAAUUACAGUACGUGGCCACUCGCCCCGGGCAUUGCGGUCACUAACAUUCAUUGUAGCUGGUCACCUUGACGAUCAGGCUAUGAACAAGAUACUAGAGAUCACCCUGGAAACACCCGUCUGUAAGGAUACCCAGCUAAUGCAGGUUCAGGGUCUAGGGUUUCCACGAUUGGCGGCGAAGCCCGGGUCGCGCGUGCGUGCCAACUACACCGAGAAUGGUCACAUUUCGAAGCCUAGAGCCGCUAGCUCCACCGGCGAUACCGGUAUAACGUUCUGGUACGGGACGUCGCACCCGGCGCAGUGUGACACGCUCUAUGAGGUGAUGGAGUGGGGGGCUGGUGGGGACCAGAGGGGAGAGCGUAGGGCAUACCAUCACUACCCAUCUGAAUAUCCGUAUAGCUAAUCCUUCCCAGUUCUUACUGUGGCACCCUUUGAUGAUGGUACCUGUACCGAAGCCAAUGCAACCCCCAUAUCACAGGCGCGAGGUGGCGUGGACAUCCCAUGCAAUAGCAUGUUCACAAUCCCGCUGGACGUGCAGCCCGGCAGCAUCUACACAGUUUAUUGGAUCUGGGACUAUUCCGACGAGAAGCAUAUAGAGGUACAUCUCCCCUCUGGACCCACACCGUCCAUACCCUGACGGCCAAAAUUAGAUAUAUACAACCUGUGCCGAUAUCGAUAUUGUAGGAGAAACUAUGCUAGGGAUACUGUGAUCUUUAUAGGUUAAUCUAGUCUGUCGACGCGGUGGCAAUAUGAGGGAUGGCCCUUAUAGUCAGGUGCGAGGGGACCUGGCCUUUUAGCUAUUUAGAUGCAGUAGGAAUAGUCGGUCCUGCUAUUUUAUAUGAACGAAUACGGCCUGGCUCUAUAUCCCAUGCUGCUAUAUGCUGUGCCAUUCAGAACUAGAGGGUACCAGCUUCCAUUUCAAUGUGUCAUAGCUCUUCAAUUCAGAUAGACCCCCCAAGACCUACUACC